AUUCCGGUUCCGUUAUUGGCCAACCCGAAACUGACCUUUUGUUCUUUGCACCAUCCUUCCCUGCAUUCUAUUGCUGCUCUGCUAGUGGAGGAAGAAAGCUCGACUCCCCAAGAUAUGGAACCAAAUCCCAACUCAAAUUUCAAGGUAAUCUUGGGAUCAUCUUCUGUUGCCCGCAAAAAGAUUUUGGCUGACAUGGGAUAUCAAUUUACUACAAUGUCUGCAGAUAUAGAUGAGAAAGCCAUACGGAAAGAAAAGCCAGAGGAGUUGGUCAUGGCUCUUGCUGAGGCAAAGGCAGAUGCCAUCAUAUCAAAAUUUCAAAAUAUUCAAAAUGAAGGGAAGGAUGUCAAACCCACAAUUCUAAUUGCUGCAGACACAGCAGAAGCCAUCAUACCAAAGCUCCAAAUUGAAGAAUACAACAUGGAUGCUGAGCCAGCACUUCUAAUUACAUGUGACCAAGUGGUGGUAUAUGAAGGUAAUAUCAGGGAAAAGCCAUCCAGCAAAGAUGAAGCACGCCACUACAUUAAAGGUUACUCUGGGGGAUGUGCUGCUACUGUAAGUUCUGUUGUUAUUACCAACCUCAAGUCAGGAAUCAGAAAAGGAGAAUGGGACAAAGUGGAGAUACGUUUCCAGGACAUACCAGAUCAAGUGAUAGACAGCUUGAUCAAGGAGGGAAAUGUGCUGAAUGUUGCUGGGGCACUAAUCAUCGAACAUCCCCUUAUAUUGCCAUACGUAAAAGAAGUGAAAGAUAUGGGAGUCAAAAUUGAAUACAACCUGAAGGGUUAUCUACCCAAAUAGUGUCUUUUUUAUUGGAAAUUUAAAAAAAAAAGGAGAAAUAUUGUUGGCUUUAAUUUUUUUUAGAAGUAUAGAAUUUGACUCGGUUAUCUAAGAAACGUUUAUUUCUUCUCCCUUUCAGCAAAUUUCAAAUUUCUCCGUCUCCCUUCUUCAACAAAACAACAACUUUUCCCUCUUUCUGCCUUUCUGGUUUGCCCUAUGUGCCCUUUUCCAACCGAGUUUGGUUCUUUUUUUGUCGUUAUAUUGGCUGCUUUGCCAUCCAAUGGCGAAAUUUUGGAUACAUUUCAUAGGGUGAUUUUUUUUUUCUCAAAUUUAAAAAUUGAUUUGUCAUUGUAGAAGGGGCACGUACAAUAAGCAGUGUGUCUUGACUUUGUGACUCUGACUGGCCAUCAUGUUCUGAGAAGAUUAAUUUUUGGGUUUGUCAUUUGUUGUUUUCUCAUCUUUUCUUAUGAUAAGAUUAGUAUUAUGGUCCUCUUUUUUGUUAUCUUGGAUCUCUUUUGUUUCUGACAAAGGAAGUCAAUUUCUCUAUUAAAAGCGAGUAACAGUUUUUAAAAAAAAAAAAAA